AACUGCGAACACAAAUUGUGUUUUCACUUCCAUACUCAUUCGCUAGUAUUAGGAGCUAUAGGGACCCUAAUGGGUUGCAAAAUGGAGAAAGUGGUCCUUGUGCUUCUCUUCGUUCUCCCUCUUGCACUGGCCGAUUUGAGGGUUGGCUUCUACAGCUCCGCCUGUCCGCAAGCGGAAUCCAUCGUGCGCCAAGUCGUUCAGAAGAGAUUCGGAACCGACCGAUCGAUCACGGCGGCCUUGCUUCGCAUGCAUUUUCACGAUUGCUUCGUGAGGGGUUGUGAUGCAUCCAUCCUCAUCGACUCCACCACCAAGAAGCCGUCGGAGAAAUCCGCUGGGCCGAACUUCUCCGUGCGAGGAUUUGACUUAAUCGACGAAGCCAAGAAGAGCCUCGAAGCUGCGUGCCCAUCAACUGUGUCUUGCGCUGACAUUGUCACACUGGCGACUCGAGACUCCGUGCUCCUCGCUGGAGGGCCCAGCUAUGAUGUCCCGACGGGGAGGCGGGACGGUCUGGUCUCAAACCCGAACGAAGUGAACUUGCCGGGACCCACACUCUCGGUGUCCGAGGCGGAACAAGUUUUCGCGCCGAAAGGGUUCACGCUCACCGAAAUGGUGACUCUUCUGGGCGCCCACUCCGUUGGAGUGGCUCACUGCAGCUUGUUCCAAGACCGACUUUCAGAUUUCCAAGGUACAGGAGCUCCGGACCCGACGAUGGACUCGAGCCUGGUCGCGAAGCUGAAGGGCAUCUGCGGGAACUCGAAAAGCAAUGACCCGACGGCGUUUUUGGACCAGCGCACGCCGUUCGCGCUGGACAACCAGUUCUACAGACAAAUUAUGCAGAGGGAAGGGGUGAUGCAGAUCGACCAGGAGCUCGCUGUCGACAAGUCUAGUGCCGGCAUCGUUUCUCAGUUUGCGUCGGAUGCUAACGGGUUCAAGAAGAGCUUCGCGAGCGUGAUGGUGAAGCUGGGAAGUGUUCAGGUUCUCACAGGGAACGCCGGAGAGAUCAGGAGGAACUGCAGGGUCUUCAAUCAGCCCAAGUAAUGAGAUGUAGCUAUAGGGGGAAUAAUUUCUUCACUAGAUUAAAUCCAAACGUGUGCAUAAUCCAAUCUGUGGAGAAUUCUUUUCAUGUUGCUUCAUUAUUUUACUUGACGAGCGUUUCUGCAAGGGUAUGUAUUGUCAUUGAGCUUCAUUGGGGAUCAAGUAUUCGCCUUGAAUUAAUAGCUUACUUUAAUUU